CCCGCUUCGAUCGCCUCUCCGCCAAUCAGAGCCCAGAACCGCUCCCCCUCGGCUCCCCUGCCGCCCAUUGCUCGGCUCUAAUUGGCCGACGCGCAAAUCAAUUUCGCCCGAGUCCCUGCUCUCCCUGAAUAAAUACUUGUUGGAAAUCUGCCCUCCCACCGCUAUCUAUGUAACGCUCCAGUGAUCACACGCAGGGAGAGCAUUUAAACCUGGGAGACUUGGAGGGAUCGGGCAGAUGCUGAUGCAGGUUUAAAGGAAGCAAAAAAAAAUAAAAAUAAAAACAAAAAUAAGAAAGAUAAACUCACAUCAUGAGUAUGAACUACGCGUCUGCGGCGCCCACACAGCGGUCCACGUCGUUUUUCAUUGAGGACAUCUUAUUGCACAAACCCAAGCCGCUGAGAGAGGUCAUCCCCUCGCCGUUCUGCAGCUCCCUGGCCUCCCGGAUGCCCAUCCUGGAAUAUGGAUACCCGCUGAUGCCAACUCCGAUACUGGCGCCACAUCCGCACCAUCCUCUCCACAAGCCAGAGCAUCACCAGUACUUCUUCACAUCUGGGAUGCAGAUGCCGGCCUUGUUCCAGCACCACGCAGAGCUCCCGGGCAAACACUGCCGGCGCAGGAAGGCCCGGACGGUCUUCUCCGACUCGCAGCUGUCCGGCCUGGAGAAGCGCUUUGAGAUCCAGCGGUACCUGUCCACGCCGGAGAGAGUGGAGCUGGCCACGGCGCUCAGCCUGUCCGAGACCCAGGUGAAAACGUGGUUCCAGAACCGGCGGAUGAAGCACAAGAAGCAGCUGAGGAAGGCGCAGGACGAGCGGAAGAAUCCCGGAGAUCUGGAGAGGUCCGCCGAGAACUCCAGCGAGAGCGACCUGAACGAGAAGAGAGGCGAGGAGCUGAAGCACUGCCUGGAGCCGGACUCCUACAUGCUGGACGAGAACGACGACGAUGUGGAUAUCGAAGAUGACAUUUGCUCCCCGGAUCACCUCCUAUAGUAGGCUGCGGAGCUGUUCCCCGAGCAGCAGCUGUCCCUCUGUAAAUAUGCUGUAGGUAGACCACACUGACUGUCCUCUCCCUCCAUUACCAACAUGUAAGUUACUGUUUUAAAUGAAGGGGGGGAUAGGCUAUA